AUGAGCAGAAACUUGCAACAAAGUCAACAGCUUACGGAGGAGUCACGUACACUACAAACUCAAAAUAGAAGCAAUAUCAUUAAGUUACGAGCACCAAAGAAGGAGAAAUCUAAAUCGAAUGAACAAGGUGUUAGAUGGAAGUCUGAUGUGAUUGAUAAUGAAAAUAUGAAUAAAAAAAAGACUAAAAUUUGUUGCAUAUUCCACCCUAAUGUAGAAAAUGAGGAGGACCUUGAGGAUGAUUAUUGUACUGAGCACAGUCAUGAUGAACCUCACGAAGAAAGUUCAUCUUCAUCAUCUGAAUCUGAAAAUGAAAAAGAUUUAGAUUUUGAUGAAAGAAGGAGAAGAAGAAUAGAAAGACGCCAUCGUAAAUUAAAGGAAAAUUCUACUGUCUCACCAAAUGCAUAUGAAAUUCAACCUGAUUAUACUGAGUAUAGAAAACGAAUGCAAAAUAAAAAUAAACUAAAAAAUAUUAUUUUUUAG